AUGGGGCACUUUGAAUAUUUGGCCAUGCCUUUUGGUCUAGUUAACGCACCUACUGUCCUCCAGGCCUUUGUGAACAAUGUGCUGCGUGCCAUCCUGGGACGGCUCAUCAUUGCCAACGUUGAUGACAUUCUCAUGCGUUCGGACUACGUUGUCCUUUAUUACACGAUUGUGGGAGUAGCACACCUCAGACACGAAGCACAGGUCUCACUGUGGCUAAGGAAUGCGGAGCUUUUUAUAUGCCGAGACAGAAGGAAGAAGAUGGGCAGUUUCCAACGCACCGCAUGCUCUUGUGCAGGGCAAACUACUUCCUUAAUGAACAGUGUGCCAAAGGACCAAAUUGAACAAACCUUGAAACGCAGAGCGGAGGAGUACAGAAAACACCAGAUCAGGAUGAAUGCAAACCUGGAUGUCCUACUCAUAGCUUCUUCUCACUCCGCUCUUCAGUAUCCUAUUCAUGGCUUCACAGUUGAACCCUUGACAAAGAGCCUGAUUCCAGGCUUAGCUGUGCAUGCACAAACCAGGACACUUUACAAGGUCACAUUGAGUGUGUCCAGAGGUAUUCUGUCUGUGGAGGGCACAACAGACAUGGACCUGGUGGAGGGCCAGGGUCAGAAUAAGCUGAACAUUUCAACCAAAAAUGUGACCCAGCUGAAUCUUCUGCUGAGUCAAGUGUCUUACACCAGCGCCAUCUACCACAUCAAGACCAAGGACUUUGCACAUUUCAUAUUUGAAGACAAUGACGCCAUCUUCCCCAUUAUCAUUAAGAGGACCUCAGUACCCGUUUUAUAUGAUCCUGGAACAGAUGUCAGCUCCCAAGUGACAGUUACAACCAAGACAUUCUUGAGGUAUAAGGAACUGAAUGUUCUAAUUGACAGUAUUCGGAAGUAUUACAAGGACAUCAAAAUAAUUGUUGCAGAUGACAGUUUGAAACCAGAAAGAGUGGAUGGCUCUAACGUUGAACAUUACAUUAUGCCUCCAGCUCAGGGCUGGUUUGCUGGUAGGAAUCUUGCUAUCUCUCAGGUAACCACCAAGUAUUUCCUGUGGGUAGAUGAUGACUUCCAGUUUAACAGUGAGACCAGGAUUGAGAGUUUGGUGGAGAUCAUGGAGGCUGUGCCAGAGUUGGACAUAGUGGGUGGAGCUGUGGGUAGAAAUGCAUUCUACUUCAAACUAGUGUAUGAAGAGGGUGACAUCAAUGAAGGAGGCUGUCUGUCCAGGUUUUUUGGCAAAAGACACUCGCCUCUCCCUGGAUACCCAGACUGCUCCCUUGUUGAUGGCGUUGUCAACUUCUUCUUGGCCCGCACAGAUUCAGUGCGUAGGGUGGGAUUUGACCCUCUCCUGAAAAGAGUGGCUCAUAGCGAAUUCUUCAUGGAUGGCCUUGGAGAUCUGUUGAUUGCCUCCUGUGGCAGUAUCAAAGUGGAUCACCAACGUGCAGUCACCCAGGGUGAAUACACUGAAUAUAGAACGCAGAAGGAAAGCGAUGGGACAAGGAAACAGGCCCUGCAUUUUUUCAAGAAUCAUUUCAAAUGCAUCACAUUCUGA